AGCCGCUAGUCGACCAGCGGAUCUUCCACUAAAAACCAAGAUGGCGGUUGUUUCUUGAUCAAGCACGUGAAAAGACAUAUUACUCAAUCCCUUGCUAAAACGGAUCCGAGUCGUGAGAAAAAUACACCGCAUCUGCCAUCAUGGACCCCGCGAAGGCUCAGAUGGUCGCAGACCUUGAGAUUGAAAUGAUGACAGACUUGUACAACAGGCUUACUGUUGCUUGUCAAAAGAAGUGCAUUUCUCCCAAGUACAAGGAAGGAGACCUCACAAAGGGUGAAUCUGUCUGUUUGGACAGAUGUGUCGCCAAGUAUCUGGAAAUUCAUGAGAGAAUCGGCAAGAAACUGACUUCAAUGUCCAUGCAAGAUGAGAAACUUAUGAACCAAUUACAAGGACAGAAAACAGGGAACUGAUGAGAGACUUAUGAACCAAUUACAAGGACAAUAAACUUAUAAGAACCUUAUGAACCAAUUGCAAGGACAGAAAACAGGGAACUGAUGAGAGACUUAUGAACCAAUUACAAGGACAAUAAACUUAUAAGAACCUUAUGAACCAAUUGCAAGGACAGAAAACAGGGAACUGAUGGGUGGCCAAUACUGCACUUGUAUAUUUAAGCCUUGUUUUCACAGAACUUGGUGACAAUUCCAGACCGGAUUACAGUGUAUUUGUUCAAGGUGCUUACUAAGCAUGUCAAAUUUUAGCAUAUCCCUUCAAUAAAUUAAUUUUUGCAACAAGAAUUUGGAACAUUUUCUGUGAUAGGUUGCUAAGUUUGUUUACACCUUUUGCAGCCAAUGCUAAUACAAGCAUUAUCAGGUUACAUUACUGUGAUCGUACAAUGGUUCAACUCAACUGGCUGGCAUAGUUGUGGGACACCAAUACUGUAGUCCAAAAUGUUCAGUGUUCGUAUUAGAGAUUAUCUUCUGCCCAGAGCCGCAAAGGCUGGCUCUGCUAACAGAAGAGUCAUUAUCUAGGUCACAGAAGGGGGUUGGAGUGAUCACGUUUGUUGAUAACAGGCAUCAUUCCCAUGUUCUGCUAAGGUAGGAGGGCCACCAGAUGGCCAUGCUGCGUCAUUUGGCAAAUGGGAAUAGGCAAUGGCAAGCGUCAUUUCUUGACUUUUUUGAUGGCCUGCAUAGGUUAGAAAAAACAGCUGUAUAUUCCAGAAUAGGUCUUAUAAGCAUGCAAUAGACUGUUAUCACUUCAGAGGCAACUACUCCGCAUCCCUUAAGUUGUCUUAACAUGCAAAGGUGGUGAUUUCCUUUUUUAAAUAAUAUAGUUAUAGUGUGGCCCCAAGGAUAAGUCAUCAGAAAUAAGUAGCCCAAGAAACUUUAGGUCACGUCAAUAAACAUUACCAUGGUGAAAAGCAA